CAGGCGGCUACACACAGACAGAAAUGGCGCCUCGAUGCUGCGCUCUCUGAGCCAGUGUUUGGAGCCGGUAAGGGACAGAUUUUAAAGGACUGAAUAAAGGCUAAAACAUGGUGAACACACGGAGCUCACAGCCGAGGAGCGACCCCUUCAUCUCCUCCAGGACUCGCUCGUCGUCCCGAAGGAAAGAUGAUCAUAAGGAGCCCAGUAGUGACAUGAGCGCUCCCAGCAGCCCUCGUUCUCCUCCAUCGAAGAGGCAGCGGCGGCAGACCUCGGAGCCCAGCUCCAGUGACACGUCUCCGUCUCCUCUGACCAAAGGCCAGAGGGUCAGCUGGAGCAUCCCCAAAUACGGCACCAGAUCUCAUGGAGUACAAAAUGGACACGCCCACAUGAGCCUCCGCAGCAGUGACCGUGUGAAGGGGGAGCACUCUCACAUGAAUGGCCAUGUUGAGCUGAAGAGGAGCUGUAGAGUGAGGAAGAGCCAGUUUGAACAUCUCAACCAGAGCCUGCUGUUCGACCAGCUGGUCAACAGUACGGCUGAAGCUGUCCUCCAGGAAAUGGACAACAUCAGCAACAUUCGGCAUUCGAGUCGAGAGGUGGAACAACUUCGCAUGUGGAACGGAGACACAGAAGAAGAAAAUAUGGACAUGUAUUCUCGUGUGAAACGCAGGAAGUCGAUGCGGCGGAGUACGUAUGUGCCCGCUCAUCACAAAUCCAUGAGCAAAGCAAAUCAAGAAGAAGAGGAUGACGAUGGUACUGAAGAGUCUCAAGAGGAAGAGGAGGAAGAUGCAGAGGAUGAUGAUGAAGAUGAUGAAGGAGAUGAAGCAGAAGAAGCUGGAGAGGAAAACGACCGACCGUACAAUUUAAGGCAACGCAAGACUGUGCAGCGAUAUCAGGCACCACCCAUCGUGCCUGCCAACCGCAAACAAAGCAAUCCUUCACUUUUUGAUACUCACCGAUCUGCAGCAAGAAUAAGCCAUAUAAGAGUGAAGAAACACGCCAUUCACAGUAGUGACACCACGUCUUCAUCAGACGAAGAGCGCUUCGAGAGGAGGAAGAGCAAGAGCAUGACUCGAGCCCGGAACAGAUGUUUGCCCAUGAAUCUGACGGCAGAGGAUUUGGCCAGCGGAGUCCUCCGAGAUCGAGCCAAGGUUGGGGCAAGUUUGGCUGAUGUGGACCCCAUGAACCUUGACACCACGGUGAAGUUUGACAGUGUGGGCGGUCUCAGGGAUCAUAUUCAGUCACUAAAGGAGAUGGUGGUGUUCCCGUUGCUUUACCCAGAAGUUUUUGAGAAGUUCAAAAUCCAGCCGCCCAGAGGCUGUUUGUUCUACGGCCCCCCUGGAACAGGAAAGACCCUGGUGGCUCGAGCUCUGGCCAAUGAGUGUUGCCAGGGUGACCGGAAGGUUUCUUUUUUCAUGAGGAAAGGAGCAGACUGUCUCAGCAAGUGGGUUGGCGAGUCUGAGCGUCAACUACGGCUUCUGUUUGAUCAGGCGUAUCUGAUGAGGCCGUCAAUUAUCUUUUUUGAUGAAAUUGAUGGUUUGGCCCCAGUGCGUUCGAGCAGACAAGAUCAGAUACACAGUUCUAUAGUGUCCACACUGCUGGCUCUGAUGGAUGGGCUGGACAGCAGAGGGGAGAUAGUCGUCAUUGGUGCUACAAACAGACUUGACUCUAUCGACCCAGCGCUCAGGAGGCCCGGACGCUUUGACCGAGAAUUUCUCUUUAACUUGCCGGACAAGAAGGCCCGAAAGCACAUUUUGCAGAUCCACACGAGGGACUGGAAUCCCAAACUAUCUGAGCCAUUUGUAGAUGAACUUGCUGAAAAAUGUGUGGGCUACUGUGGGGCAGACAUUAAAGCACUUUGCACCGAGGCCGCCCUGGUGGCCUUAAGGCGCCGUUACCCUCAGAUCUACGGCAGCAGCGUCAAACUGCAGCUGGACGUCUCCUCCAUCGUGCUGGCCUCUGGAGACUUCAGCAGAGCCAUGAGGAACAUCGUCCCGGCCUCACAGAGAGCUCUGGCCCCAGCAGGACGAGCCCUCUCUCCAGCACUGCGCCCCCUGCUGGCAAACUCCUUCUCUCUGGUGCUUAAAGCUCUGCUUCGAGUCUUCCCCCAUGCUCAGUCUUCUGACAGGGACAACACACACGGCGUUGACAAUCAUCUUCUUGAAGAGGACUUGUACAGCGAUGAAGACAAUGAUGAAGGCUCCACUUCCAUCUAUGACCUCCAGGUGGCUCCCAACAGCCCCCUCUCCCCCUCUGCAGCGCACAGACCCUUUCUACACUUCUCCAACUCAGCACUCCAGCGCCCCACAGCGUAUCGACCUCGUCUCCUCCUCACAGGCCCCUCAGGUUCAGGUCAGAGCUCUCACCUGGCCCCCGCUCUGCUGCACCACCUGGACAAACUCCCCGUGCACCGGCUGGACCUGCCCACCCUCUACUCCAUCAGCGCCAAGACCCCCGAGGAGUCCUGCGCUCAGGUUUUCCGAGAGGCGUGCCGGAGCAUGCCCAGUGUGGUGUUUAUGCCUCACAUCUCGGAGUGGUGGGAAACUGUGAGUGACACCGUGAGAAGCACCUUCCUCUCUCUGCUGCAGGAUGUCCCCUCCUUCAGCCCCGUCCUGGUCCUGGCCACUGCAGACUCGCACUACUCGCAGCUGUCUGAGGAGGUGAGGAGCAUGUUCCAGUGUUCCUAUGGAGAGGUGGUGACUCUGAGCCCACCGGGAGAGGAGGACCGGAGGAGGUUUUUCUCGGACCUUUUGUUGGUGCAGGCUGCCCGGCCUCCCCCACGCCCGCGUAACCGAGAUCGGUGUCAGGAGGUGCUGCCGGUCGCUCCGGCCCCGGGCCCUCGGGUGCUGUCUGCAGAGGAGCAGCGCCGUCUGUUUGAACAGGAGGAGAACACACUGCGUGAGCUCCGCCUUUUUCUCAGGGAUGUGACCAAACGCCUGGCCACGGACAAGAGAUUCAACAUCUUCAGCAAACCAGUCGACAUCGAAGAGGUGUCAGACUACCUGGAGGUGAUUCGGCAUCCCAUGGACCUCUCCACUGUCAUGACCAAGAUUGAUAAACACCAGUACCUGACCGCCAAGGACUUCUUGAGGGACGUGGACCUCAUCUGCAGCAACGCUCUGGAGUACAACCCCGACAAAGACCCCAGUGACAAGGUGAUCAGACAUCGGGCAAGCAGCUUAAAGGACACAGCACACGCUAUUGCAGCCGAGUUGGAUCCUGAGUUUGACCGCAUGUGUGAGGAGAUUAAAGAAGCACGAAGGAAAAGAGACUUCCAGACGCCUCCUGAGCCAACCCCAUCCUCCGGCGCCGUGGCAACCAGGAAGCAGCCUCCACCGGGAGAAGAACCAGCCAAGAGCAGCACUCAGGGCGAGGCCACCUACAAACACGCCACCUCCAAUCACAUAAAACGUAAGAUGCGACGGCGGUCCACUUGGGGUCGAGGAAUCAUCCGCAAGAAGAAAUACUACAAGAGCAAAGACCAGGGGACGGAGGCCGAAGAGGAGGAAGAGGAGGAGCACGAGGGGGAGGGCGAAGGGGACGCGUCAUGUCUCACUCAGGACGAGGAAUCUUCUUGCGAUACCCCGGGCCCCCAAACCAACGGACACUUACCCAACCUCCCCUCCACGGAAGAGGAGAGCUCCAACGAGCCACCCGAAAACCAAUCCACAGCCAAAGACAAUUCCCAAAACGUCCCGCAGUGUCCCGACGGUGAAGCCAAAAGCGAGGGGGAUAAACAGCCUUCUAUAGAAAUUUCAGAAUCCUCGGACACAGAACCGCCACCCAAGCACAUAGAAGGUUUGCUGGUGUGUGUCAAUGGGAAUGAGUCCAUGGACAGUCUGUAUUCGCAUAGCCUUCCCAGCAGCAGCGAGACAGGGGGGAGCGGGGCCGGUCUGGAUAAUGACCCCGCUAAACCUGAACCAGAAGAGCACAACAGCCAAUCUACUCAGGAGCAGUCUCCCCAAGAAGAAAGUACUGCCGCGGAGAGGGUAGAAGAAGAAGAGACGAGUAAAGAAGAGUGUUCGAAAGCAGAGAAAUGCCAGAGCAGCCAAUCAGAGCAGCUAAAGGGGUCUGAAGAUGUGGUCGUAAAGGAGAGUCCACCUGUCCCCGCCCCUCCCCCUGUGGUAGUGGACCACCAGCGACUACUGGUCUUACUGGACUUGGUGGUGAAGAAGAGCCAUGGCUUCAGUGUGGAGCAGCUGGAGCGGCUGUACUCUGUGCUCAGUCAGAGCAUCUAUCUGCAUCGCCAUGACUACGACAAAACACAGCUACUGGAGGACAUGGAAUCCCGAAUCCAGCAUUUUGAUACAUUCCUGUGACAGAUUCCAGAGUUUGGAUCAGGGGAAGCUCGGGACCACGCCUCAUCCUCCCAAACCCGUCAGCCUGCCUGCCUCCUCCUGCGGUUUCCAUGACAACAAGGCUCAAAUCUCAACGACAAGAGACAUUUUAACGGUGCUAGCUAUCGUCUCAGGAACUUAGCCAGACCACACUCUACGUUACCGUACACGACAACGAAAAAAACCAAACUACAACUGGUUCCUCGGAUGGUUCCUUGCAAUGCUCCACCCCCUGGUGCUUUAACGGGUGCUAACUUUCUUACUCCAUGCUGCUCUUGGGACUACUAUCAAAACAAAACACUGAUUUAAAGGUGCGCUGUGUAACUUUUCUGGUGGUCGGUCUGUCACUCGCUCGGAGAUGUCACUGCUUUGUCUGGAAUGUUCCAAAGUGUGGCAAAUGACUCUGAUUUUUUUUUAAUGUUGUUUCGUCAUCACAAACAGACCCGGAGUUGUUUUUUUGUUUCAUUCAACACGCAAACUCUGCCUGUUGAUGCGUCUCUCAAACAGACAACACCCUGUUCCACCCUGUGAUGUCAUGUGGAAAUACAGGAGGUGCUAGAGAAAUAGACAGACUAAUAACAAAGAGUUACUCAAACGUGUGUGAAUGAAACGAAACACAACUCCAGGUCUGUUUUUGAGGAGGAAACAAGCUCAGAAGCGUCAAAUUUAGAGCUUUAACUUAUCUCUCUUUUAUAUUUUCAAUUACAGAUUUAUUUAACUGCGCAAAAAAAACUUGAAAAAACAUGCGUUCUUACCUUGAGCUGGAUCGCCUCUCUGCAGAUCUGACCUGUAACUUGGCCUUUUUCUGUUUCCUCCUCAUUUCCAUUGACAGAAGUUUUACUGCUGUUACAACUGAAAAAAUACAAGUCAAAAAAACAAUCUCUACGACUCAAAUAAAGUCUUAAAAGCCAUACUAUGAAACAUUCCCCGCAAAGCAAUUCUAUCUCCUCAUAGAAAAGUUCCACAGCGCGCUUUUAAACUUGCGAAAACCAACAGAGCGAGUGAAGAUGUCAUAUCAGCUGCUCAUAACAUCUUUUUACGUGAUCCAUGUAUUGUAACAUUGACAGACGGUGCAUCUAAAACCACACAGAUCCUCACCAGCAGAACUUAUGGGCACAGAUCAUGAUGGGAAUGACACUAGACAUGCGGAAAAUCUCACUUAGGCCAGUUUCGGUGGGUUUUAAAUAGUAGUAGUUGGAAAUUCUUCUCACCCAGGGCUAGAGUUGAUGAGGUUUUAGACUAAAGGGUGUGGCAUAGAAGAUUGAAGGAGGUGGUGGUUUCUUAAAGGUGCGGACCAGUGUUUUGUGAAGUACUUUGAUUGUUGUAGGAAAUGUAGAAAAUGCGGUUAAGUAGACCGGAGCGAUCCAACAAAAUACUUUUUCGUGAUAAGAACAAGCUCACCUUCACAUCUAUAAAAUUAUUACUGUUUUCUGAUCUGUUCUAAUGUUGUUUCCUCAUCACAAACAGACCUGGAGUUGUGUUUUGUUUCAUUCACAUGUUUAACUCACAAACCUGCAGAUUUAUUUUGAGUUCCUCUCUCGAACAGAAAACACUGUGAUGUCAUGUUGUAAUCCAGGAAGUGCUCCACUGUGUUUUUAAACUCCUUACACCUUCACUAGAAUCAUUUUUUUUUUAUCAUUUCAGACCUGGAAUUGUCGAUCUCUACCGAACUAAAAGUACAAGUUGGAACAGAUCGUUUUGAGGUUUCGAGAUGUAAACAGACUAAUAAUAAACUGGGAUGUAACAAUAACCGAAAUAUCGUGAUAAUGCCUCGUCAAAAGUCUCACAAUAAUAUCGUGGACCAUCACAAUAUAUCAAAUUACAAGUUUCUUUGCUUAAAUAAAAAAAAAAACGAGGGAACUGCAUAGACCAUGAUCCUUUGGUCCGUUUCAGGGCAGACUACAUGAAGAAAUAAAUGUUAUAAGGGCUGUGAAAUCUUAGUUCUGUUGUAUCAAUGCAUUUUAAGAGGAAAAUUGCAUAUUCACAAAUUAUCACAAUAAAUAUCGUACCUUGAGAUGUACCGUAUUUUCUGUACUAUAGGAUGCUCUCCUAAGCCUCCAACCCCAUCAAGAAACAACUGUGCACCCCACAAUCCAGAGCGCCCUAUACACGAAUCCACUCGGGUGUCCCAGCACGACUUCAGUAAACUACAAAGCUGCACCUCCCGCAGAACACACAAACACACUCCAUGUGUCGCAGACAGCGACCGCACAACGAAAAACACCCACAGACACACUCAUCACUCCACGCCGACGAGGAACAGAACGGAGGAACAAACCGAAAAAGCGAGUGCAAUGUGAGAGUCACCGUGAAUGCGCCAAACAAACUGACCCAUCCAACUGUUGUGUUUCGUUUAUAGUUCGGUGCGGUUUAUUUGUGAAAACAGUUCGAAAAUAGACCAUUCAAUGACAGUGCGCCUUAUAAUCCAGAGCGCCUUAUAGUGUGGAAAAUACGGUAUACGGUGAAAAUAUCGUACUGAAAGAUUUGGGUAUUGUUAUAUCCCUAAGAAUAAAGUGAUACUCAAACAUGUGUGAAUGAAACAAAAUACAACUCCAGGCCUGUUUUUGAGGAGGGAACAACAUUCUAACAUUAAUCUAGAGUUGAGAUAUAAAGUGCAGGUUCUAGGUUUUUAGCACUUCAUACUUUGUGACGCAUUUUACAAAUAUUUCCUGUAACUCCUAUUGUUAGAUUAUGUCCAAGAAAUAUAGGACAUGUAUUUUGCAGUAUUCACCAGCUGAACUAAAACUGAAAUAGCAUCUUUACACAAUUUGAAUUAGUUCAAAGUUUUCAGAUUUUGAAAUCUUCUCGGGCUGUGUAGUUAAAUAUUAUUCAUUGCUCCUGUCUUUAACCCCAAAUUUCUUCAGCUUCCUACUGUGCGCUGUGUAACUUUUUGGUUGAGGGGUCCGUCACCUGCUUGUUUCUAUGGAGAUGUCAUUGCACUGCCUGGAAUGUUCCACAGUAUGACUUUAAACAGAUCUACUCUACAUUUAUUCAAUUACAUGUGAAUUUACAGCUAAAAAAUACAGAGAAAAACAGGUAUCGUUACUGUGAGCGGAGUCGCCUCUCCACAGAUCUAACCUGUAACUCGCUCUGGUUGAAGAUAGAAAGGUUUAAUGCCAUACUGCGGAACAUUCCAGGCAAAGCAACAUCAUCGAACCCUACAUUAGAAAUGUUGUACAAUGAAGUUCGAACAAAAUCCCGGACUGCGCCUUUAAAUUUAGCAGUAACCUGUUGUACAAAGGAUUCUGGGAGCUCGCGUAGAUAUAGAAGGGGCUAUAGUGAAUUAGCCUAGCAGAUGGUGCGCCCUGGACAGCUAGUGUAGCGCUCUCCACUCACAGUAUGAAUGUUGUCCCUUCACUCAAGCUGAGAUUCUCAUCCACACCCCACAGAGGAGCUGGAAGCAGUACAGAUUGGAACGAAGUAGUUUGCACUGCCUAGAGUGUGCCUUAUUUUUACCAAAACCUCAAAAGAAAUGACUCAAAUAUUAGACGUUUUAUUUAGAAGUUCGUUAAGUUAGCCUCGUACGGCACUGGACAGGCUCUACGAUGGGUUAAUUACUACUACUAUUUCUACUACUACAAGUACUGCUACAGUCAUGAAGCAAAAAGUAUAUAAAAAAAACUAGGUGUACAUAAUUAUUUGGGUCCCCUUUUGUCAUUUUAGGAGUACAAAGGUUCACUAUGUAGCUUUUCUGUUUCGAGGUCUGCAAUCUGCUUGUCUCCAUGGAGAUUUCGUUGCUUGCUUUGCCUGGAAUGUUCCGCAGUGUGACAUUAAAGCAGCUCUACUUUACAUAUAUCCAAUUACAAGUGGUUUUAGAACUCAAAAAACCCAAUUUAUGUUACAUUUAUUGGUCAGAAAUGCCUUUAAAAUCAUGCGUUUUUACUGCGAUCGGACUUGCCACUCCGCAGAUUUAACCCGUAAUUUGGCUUAAUGGUUCCAACCCCUUUAUUUUUAUAGCACGUUUAAUAAAAGAGAGAACAAAUCUACACUUUAAUACAAUAAAAAACAUAAUAAAAAACAAAUAAAACAUUCAAACAGAGCCAUAUGAACAAAUAAUAAACAAAAAAUAAAAUCGAUCUUCAUUGAUGUACACACAUUGACGUUUAAUGCCAUACUGUGGAAAAUUCCAAGCAAACCCAACGACGUCCAACCAUAGAGACCAACAGGUGGCGUACCCUGCCCGUACCCUCGCCUUUCUACCAGAAAAGCGACGUAGUGAAGCUUUAAAUUCACAAAAAUCGUCUCACACUUCGUCAAACGCCACUCCGAACUCCACCAGCGUUUCUGUUGAGUUUUCAUAUGCAAAAGUAAGUUCUCAUGCCAAGUAUUUUUUUUUGACAACUACUGUUUUCAAGGUGUUCUCAGCAAUUUUGUAUUAUGUUGGAAGUCAGUUUGUACUUUUUAUAGUCUCAUUUAACUUUUUUUUGGUUUGUUUUUUGCGUUCGAUCAAGGCCAUCCUAGGCAGUGCCCUUCACGUAACAAUAUUCACCAAGCAUUAUAAUGAGUUUGUAAGUUGUACGUUGAUGUUUUAUGUAACAAAAUUGCGGCAUUGUUUCGUUUGGUUUCAAAAAAAUGCCAUCUUUUUCCCGAACGUUCAAAAAUUGUGGUGCGUAUUUUACCUUUUUUUUCGCAGGUGAAAUGAUUCAGAAGCAUAUGCAAAAGGAUUCUGGCAGGUUGGCACUUGGAUUACAGCGGAAAGACUACGCCAACGCUACCUCAGACGAUCUCAAACUUGGGUACAACUUUUCUCAAAUACUGUUGGUCAAAUAUAUCUACUUCUUGCAGUAAUUUUGGAAGUACUUUUUUGCAUUUCAAGAGCCAGAUUUUGAUUUCAAUUUGUACCUCAACACCUGUGCCACGAGCGUUACCUGCUUGCCCCCAACGCCUUUCUUCAUACCUUAAAAAUCAUCUCAUCUUUAUUUAUUGUCAAUGGAAGAUUAUUUUUUGUGGUUUUGUAAAUUCGGUUAAAGCUGCGCUGCGGAGCUUUUCCGUCGGCGGUUCGUCUUUCGCUCGUUUCUGUGGAUACGCCGCCGCCAAGCCUGGAACGCUCCACAGCUCGACGUUACGUUUAUUAAAUUACGGGUGGUUUUACAGCUCAAAAAAAGCGAUAAAACCUCCACGGAGAAAAGCGUCCGACGGAGCCUCCGCCGCGAAAGUUCCGCAGUGCAGCUUUAACAUCACGCGUCCUUAUUUUUAUCCUGUUUUAAUAUUGGUAGCAUUUGUGUAGCAGGUUUUGUUUUAAAGGGGAAUAAAGGGUUUACAUAAGCGUCUCAGGAUCAACUCAUAUCUACCCUAUAUCAGCCUUUCUAUUUAUUUUGAUUUCGUUGUCUUGGUUACAGACUGUGGCGGACUUAAAGAGACACUUCUUAACGUUCUUCAUACUCGUCUCUUCUGCCGUUUUUAAUGAGCUUGAUUUGAUAAUAUGGGUAGUUUUUGUCAUUAAUUGUGAUCUUCCUUUCUGCGUGUUUAAAGUUCCCGUAUUACACCGUUUUCUGAUUUAUGUUAGAACGUUUCCUCGUCACAAACACGCCUGGAGUUGUUGUGUUUUGUUUCAGUCACACAUGUUCUUCUCUUCUUCUCUCGAACUGAAAAUACUCUGUUCCAACUUGUGAUGUCAUGUGGUGAUACAGUAAGCGUUCCACGGUGUGUUUUAAAUCCAGACACCUUCACUGCAAUCAUUUGCAUCAUCUAAUUUCGACUCUGGAAUUGUCACUCUGAACUGAACAAAAAUUAAAAGGUAACUGCUCACUUGAAAACUACCACUUCAUGACAUCACAAAGUGGAACUGAGCAUUUUGAGCUUUGGAGGUGUAGACAGACUAAUAAUAAGUUUCUCAGACGUGUGAAUGAAACAAAACAACUCCAGGUCUGUUUUUGAGGAGGAAACAACAUUCUAACAUGACUUAAAGAUCAUAAGAGUGUGUGUGUAAUAUAGGAGCUUUAAAUAGUAGCCAGUUUUGGACUAACACCAAUUUUUGUCUGGUAGGAGACGCCUCUAGUCCAGUAUGCAGCAGUGAAGGCCUCUGUCCCUCUGUUCUGUUGUUCUUCCUGUUUUUAAACCUUUCUUUAGUCCAGUUUUCAUAUGAUGACUUCUGUUCGGGGGGUUGUGUAUUUAACACACUUGUUGGCAAUUGUUAUAUUAGUGUAAGUUAUAUUUGAAAUGAAACAUUUACUGUAUUUCUUAAAUAAACUGCUGUGAUAAACUUGAAUAAA